CCCCGUCACCCCUCCCACUUCACGUAAGAUGGCGGUUUGAAGGUGUACAUGGUUAUAGAGGCUUAUCACAGCGCCUCGGGCUUUCACUCAGCUAACAGCGCAGAAGUAAUCCCGCGGUCCCACUUUCCUACACUUCCGGAGUUCAGAAAGAGUCAUUAGAGCACCUUCCUGGCUGUUGUGAAUAAAUCUUGAGAAGAGCCAGUGUAGGCAGGUUUGAAAAGCGUAGACUCUGGUGCACACGUGCUGCUGCUGACACAUGACCGAGUGUCACGCCUAGUCCUUCCUCUGCAGUGAAAGAACGCCUCCACUCACCACAUCGUGCCAUAGGAUGUCCCGUAGCCCUGAGGUGAAAGAGGAUCCGAUGGAGUGCCCUCUCUGCAUGGAGCCCCUGGAGAUCGAUGACGUUAACUUCUUUCCCUGCACCUGCGGCUACCAAAUCUGCCGUUUCUGCUGGCACCGCAUCCGCACCGAUGAAAACGGCCUCUGUCCUGCUUGCAGGAAGCCCUAUCCAGAAGACCCAGCUGUAUACAAACCCCUGUCUCAGGAAGAGCUGCAGAGGAUAAAGAAUGAGAAGAAGCAGAAGCAGAACGAGCGCAAGCAGAAGAUCACAGAGAACCGCAAACACUUGGCCAGUGUACGCGUCGUACAGAGGAACCUGGUGUUUGUGGUGGGGCUGUCGCAGAGGCUCGCUGACCCAGAGGUCUUAAAGAGGCCAGAAUAUUUUGGGAAGUUUGGUAAGAUCCAUAAAGUGGUCAUCAACAACAGCACCUCAUAUGCUGGCUCACAGGGUCCUAGCGCUAGUGCCUAUGUCACUUAUAUUCGGUCAGAAGAUGCCCUUAGGGCUAUACAGUGUGUCAACAACGUAGUAGUAGAUGGCAGAACUCUUAAGGCAUCUUUAGGUACAACAAAGUACUGCAGUUACUUUCUAAAGAGCAUGCAGUGUCCCAAACCGGACUGCAUGUAUCUACACGAGCUAGGUGACGAGGCAGCCAGUUUCACAAAAGAGGAGAUGCAGGCGGGAAAGCAUCAAGAAUACGAACAGAAACUUUUACAAGAACUCUACAAAAUGAACCCGAACUUCCUGCAGACAUCCACUGGGACUGGGGAAAAGACAAAAAGCAAAUCAGGCUCUGUACAGAGUUCCAAUAAUAAUAAAGAUGCGUGGCCAUCGUUACAGCCCAUGGGAAAGACGCCCAAUGGGCUUCCAGAGCUCCGCAAGAGCCCGACUCUGGAUGGAGGCUCAGACUGUGAGCACUUGACUCCUGACGGGCCGGACGCUGAGCUUGGCCUUGGACCUCUCCCAGCCCUCUCGCCUUUCUCUUCAAACUGUGAAACUGCCAGUCCCAGUGACAAACCAACAGAAGCCAUCAGUAUAGGAAACGGAGAGACACCACAGAUUCCCUCCAGUGACUCGCCGUCGCCCCCUCCAGGUCUGGCAAAGCCGUGUCUGGUGGUGCCUGCCAACGUAGCGGGUUUAACAGUGCGGUCACCCUUCGAGGGGGCAGGCACCGAGUCGCAGUCACUGUUCUCUGACAACAGCAACUUCAGACAUCCGAACCCCAUCCCCAGUAGCAGCAGUGUUCCUGGUUUUUCCCAAGUUUUCCCAAGCUCCACACAGAGCAAUGCAGACUGGCCCACUGCUCCCGAACCACAGAGCCUGUUUACAUCAGAUACUAUACCAGUCUCAUCCUCCACAGACUGGCAGGCGGCCUUCGGCUUUGGCUCUUCCACCAAGCAGCAGGAAGACGACCUUGGCUUUGACCCCUUCGACAUCACGAGCAAGGCGCUGGCUGACCUCAUCGAGAAGGAGCUUUCGGUACAGGACAAAACUUCGGUGCCUAUGAGCCAUGUGACCCCAGCACCGGGUUUCCCUCCUCACAUCCCCAGCUCGCUUCACAGUGCCAAGGGCCCCAUGCUGCCUCCUGCCUCGACCGCACACCUCCCUCCGAACUGUGGGCUGGCCCCGCGAGCCUUCUCCCACCAUCUCCAACAUGCCCAGCUUGCCCAGCGCCCUGGCUAUGCCUCAUUCAGCUUGCCCGGGCACACGCAGACGCUGGCAUCUCGCCACAGCUGGCUGACCAUGACAGCACGCGCCAACCUGCAACACCUGAACCACACCGCACAACACAACAGCAGCUUCUUGGACUUGAGUUUGCCACCUCAACAGCAGCAGCAGCAUAGUACAGGUCUAGGAGGAAUCCCCAUUACAGAAAACAGCAAUUCAGUAGAGAGCAUAAAUGUCAAAGAGUGGCAAGAUGGCCUUCGAGCUCUUUUACCCAACAUCAACAUCAAUUUCGGUGGCUUGCCCAACUCCUCGUCUUCCUCAUCUUCAUCCUCAUCCUCCUCGUCAUCUUCGUCCGGCGUGAAUCACACAGGGGGCAUGACACACAGUCUGAGCUGGGACGGCACGGCCAGCUGGAUGGACCCAGCGAUCAUCACAGGAAGGAGGAUUCAACAAAAAAGGGAGCUGACAAAAAAAAAUCAACUAAUACCAGGUGUCCCAGCAUCCUCAGCCAACUGCCUGGACUCUCUUCAGGACGACAGUCCUCCACAUUGGCUAAAAUCCCUGCAGGCCCUGACAGAGAUGGACGUACCCUCUGGCUCCACAGUACCCCCUCAGCCCCCACACAGUACACCCUUUAGUGCCCAGAUGUCUCUCCACAGAGCCAGCUGGGCACCUUACCUGCCCCCGGGCACUGCCAGUGCUGCCAGCCAGUUCCACUCUCCCCCACCAGGCUUCCAGACAGCGUUCAGAGCCGCGGCUCAGCCCCCCACAGACCUGCUGCAGAGUGCCGGACUGGACCGCCACUAGGGACUGGGACACUAACACCCCCUUCCUUUACUCCGAGAAAACCCAACACACACAGAAAGACGAAUAAAUAUAAAAAUACAAACCUGUUAACAAAGUAAUUAUGGGAUUAUGUAUUCUUUUUUUUUUUUUUUCCUUCCACAUCUUGGUCUUUCGAGCUCAUUUUAACUCUUGGUUUCACAUUUUCCUUGGUUUAGGAUUUGGUUCAUGUUGCCCAAGUGCUCUUAUCCCAGCAUAAGCAAGGACGUUCUUGAACAACGCAUUGUUAGUGAGAGAGUUGAGUGAGGAAUUUGGUGGUGAUGAAGCUGAUAUCUGUGUGGAAAUCAUGAAAGUGAAUGGAUUAGAGAACUAGAGAAUAUUCCAGUCGAGUGUGUUGAUCAAAUCUGCCUUUAAAUCUGUACCAAAUAAGCACCUGUUCUCUGCCUGUGUGCACAACCGCGAGACCCUUUCCUAUAACCUCUUAGCCUGUGACAUUCAAAGAAGUGACACAGAAAUCCAACAAAUCUGGAUUUAGAUUUGUUUUCCCCUUUGCAUUCUUUACUUUCAGCUUCCCUGAAAGAUCAAAUACCUAACGGAGAGUAGCGGAGAAAUCUCCGUGCUUUUUUUUUCUUUAUUGAAUGUUAAGCCUUUAACUCUGUUCUUUUCUUCAGGUUGCAGUAAAGAGGCCUUUUAGAAGUUAUCUCAGAGCGUAGUUACAGCUUACGCAUCAUGCCUUAAAAAAAAAAAAAAAUCGACCAGGAUGUGUUCUCAAUCACACUCCCUUUUUCCUACAUGGUCUUUCAGAUACUUGUUCAUGACCCUCCUACCAGCUGACUGGUACCAGGAUGGGCAAGAGGCUUUCCAGCUGCAACACUGGACGUAACCUCUGUAUCAGAGGGCAGUGCAUUGCAACGAAAAAAGGCGGAAACCUCCAUUUUAAAGAACAAGCAAGCUGUAAGACACGUUUGAACAAAGGGCAGGUGUAGCGGAUGGAGCACCACCGUGUGGUGAUUUUCAUAGCUGCCUUUACUUGAAUAGGACACCACAAUUUCCGUGUGUGUUCUUAGAAUAUAUAUAUAUAUUCUCCCUUGAAGCAACACGGUGAAAGGUUUCGGGGAGACUUCGCUGGAUGUGUUUUAUGCAAACUCUGACGAGGAGUUCGUUUUGAGACAAAUGACACAAACAAAAUCAUGAUGCAUCUCCAUUCAUCACUGAGAAAAGCACUUAAGUGCGUUCUUUGCACUGAUGGGUGUCAAGACAGAAGAAAACAUUAGGGGUACAAGCUGAGUUUCGAUGAUGUAGUGCAAAAGAAAAUUCAGUUGUUAAUUUGACUCACUCUGAAGACCAUUUUAAGAUUGUCAGAAAAGAUACCAGGAAAGUGAUUUGAUUGAUUGUUUUUCUCACAGUAGACAGAUAAUCUGGCCACACUGCUGAUGAAAGCUGGGAUAGCAGCACCGGUAGGCAACAAGAGUUUGUUUUUUUUUUUUUCCCUCAACACAGGGCUUCAUCAGAGGUCAGAAAAAAAUGCACUCUUCUCCUUCUGCCUUCUUUAAUUUUCUUUUAACAGUCUUAAUUCUGUAUCACUUGUGUAGGUUCUUGCCAACUGUUCAGUAUUCAGCAGUAUUCAAGAGCAGUGAUUAAAUUAAAAAUCUUAAGAUAAAACCAGUACAAUUUAACUAUGGGUUUUACUCAAUGCUAAAGAUUAAGAAAGAAAUUAAAUGAAAAUGAAGAGUCAAAGGAAUUGUAUCUCUGCAGGUCUGAAAGAAAAAGAAAACAAUCUUUAAUAAAAGAUUAAAUAUGAAA